AUGAUGUCUGGUGAAGCUGGGUCAUCAACGGCAUUCGGGAAGACACGAUGCAGAAUAAUAAAGCCUUCCCAUCCAUACAUCCACACACAAAGGGAAGCAGGCACAUGUACAACCCUACACUUGCUUACACAUACACCGGAGGCACCCGGGGCUGAUCAUGCCUCUUCACGCAUCCACCACGCUACAGUAGAGGAUUUGUAUGCGGUGGUGAUGCGUCGCCACAGGCGUCGCCUGUUGCUGAGCAUCUUCUUCGUAUCGAGUCUCUCGUCAAGCUUUGAUUCUGAUGAUGAUAAUGAUGAUGAUGGAAAAAAGUGGGAAUGCGGCACGUGA